AAGCUCAGGAAAUGCCACAAGCUGCCCGUAGUGAUGUUGGUUCACGUGAUAGUCGUGAUCGCGGGAAUGGCCCUUUUCCAACUGUCCGUUCCAGAAAGAUCGACUAUUGAACCAAACGAUGGCAAUUCGCUAUGGCUGACUCCAAACCGUUAUCUUGCCUGUGCUAUUGGUUAUUUGAUAGGAAUGGGCGACUUUACAUUAACUAUGGCAAGAGUAAUCAUCUGCCAAGUAGCUGUGCCAAAAAACCGAAACGAGGUCUUCUCUCUAACUCGGAUUUAUCAGAGUCCAUGUGUCCACAGCUGGCACAUGAGGCAGCGCCGACAACAUGCAGCGCGCAUGCUUGCGCAGAUAGGUGUAGCGCGUAGUUAA